AUGCCAAUCCAUUUAAAUGGCAACAAUGGAAUCAGGAACAAAAAUGGAAAAAUUACAAGUGGAAAGGUGCAGAUGAUAACAAGGCAAAGUGGACGAAAUGGACCACACCUGCACCGAAGUGGGAAUCCAAAUGGAAUCAGCCAAAGUACAGUGGAGCUUGGGAGUCCCACCAUUACCAUGGUCAUCGUGAUAGAAGAUCGUUGUUUGAUCGCUUUCACAAACUUAGUUCUCUGUGGGAUUGGCAUAGAUGUAAAGUCUUGCAUUUUACGCACCAUAUGCGACAGCAAAAGAUUGCUCCUUCCGCCUGGCUAUUCCAUGCUGCAAGACAUGCUGCGUGUGGUCUUCACUAUGCCUCGACUGGAUGGCUUGGAAGAUGAAUACAGUCGGAUCAUGGACCAAGAUGCUGAUGAUUGUGCAGCCGAGCUGAAGACAAAGUGCAAUAUGAAUUUGUUGAUUUGGUUGCUUAGCGGCAGAGUUGACAAAAUAUAG